GCCGAGCCCCCACCGAGCCUGCCGAGCCCCCGUCAGGGCCGGGGAGGCCACCCGGGGUGCAGAACGAGACCCCCGCCCCGGCAGAGACUCCCGGGACGCGGGGAGACCCCGCUGGUGGCAGAGAACCCUGCCCCGGGCCAGCCCUGGCCUUCAUCCCCGCACCUACGGCAGAGGCCGCGACCCGGCCUGGACCUUGUCCCGGCAACUUGUCUCUGGACUCAGACCCCGACUGCCAGGCUGAUACCCCGCGGACCUGGGAUCCGCCCCCUUCCCUGUCCCCUAACUUCAAACCCCUCCGGGGGCCGGGCCAGCGGAGACCUUCCUCGGCCCCGCCCCUCCAGGCCUUGCGACGCCCCAGCCCGUUCAGCCCUUUCUUGCUGGCCCGCUCGCCCCGGUGCCUCCCUGCUUCCCUUGCUGGGCACCCUCCGGGCAUCGCCCCAUCACCUCCCCGCCCCGGGUCUCCCGCACCCGUGCUCUGCCUGCGAGAGUUCGGGGUGUGAGAUGGGCCCGCUUUUCCCCUGGAGCCUCAGCCUCCCCUGCCGCUGCCGGGCCUGGGCCGCGUCAUCCCCGUCACAAGCAGGCAGAGGCCUUUACAGGUCGUCAGGCCCUUUUCCUUCUCUGUCGCAGCCCAUAAGAACCGGGUUUCUUAAUAAAUCAUCUCCCUUCUUUAGCCAGGACUCAGCUAGCAGCAACUGGGGAGCGGGUAGCUAGGCAGGGACCCUGGGGAAAGACCCCUAGGCAGUCGGGCGAGACCCCGGCGGGCUGUGCCUGCUGUGCCGCAAGCGAGCCUCUGGAGGUCGCUGUGCCCCGGUCUCUGAGGGGCCAGCCAGAUGGGGCUCCAGUUCCAGUCCCCCUCCGCUCCCAGACCUUGGCAACUGCGCACACUCAAAUGGAAGCAUCCUUGGAGGGAGCCAUGGACCUGCUGCGGGAGCUCAAGGCCAUGCCCGUCACACUGCACCUGCUGCAGUCCACCCGUGUCGGCAUGUCCGUCAACGCCCUGCGGAAGCAGAGCUCUGACGAGGAGGUCAUCACACUGGCCAAGUCACUCAUCAAGUCCUGGAAGAAGCUUCUGGAUGCUUCAGAUGCUAAAGCCAGGGAACGGCGGAGGAGCGAGCCCCUGCCCACGUCAUCCUCCAAGGAGGCCUCCGAGGCCAAGGAUCCCAGCCGCAAGAGGCCAGAGCUGCCAAGGACACUGUCGACCCCAAGGAUGACCACGUUCCCUCCAGUGCCGGUCACCUGUGACGCUGUGCGUGACAAGUGCCGUGAGAUGCUGACCGCCGCCCUGCGGACGGACCGUGACCACGUGGCCAUCGGUGCAGACUGCGAGCACCUGUCCGCCCAGAUUGAGGAAUGCAUCUUCCGGGAUGUGGGGAACACGGACAUGAAGUACAAGAACCGCGUGCGCAGCCGUAUCUCUAACCUCAAGGAUGCCAAGAACCCCGACCUGCGGCGGAACGUGCUGUGCGGCGCCAUAACGCCCCAGCAGAUCGCCGUGAUGACGUCGGAGGAGAUGGCCAGCGACGAGCUGAAGGAGAUCCGCAAGGCCAUGACCAAGGAGGCCAUCCGUGAGCACCAGAUGGCCCGCACGGGUGGCACACAGACAGAUCUGUUCACCUGUGGGAAGUGCAGGAAGAAGAACUGCACCUACACGCAGGUGCAGACGCGCAGCUCUGAUGAGCCCAUGACCACUUUUGUUGUCUGCAACGAGUGUGGAAACCGCUGGAAGUUCUGCUGAGCCCUUGUGUAGCGUGGGCCGUGGUCAGCACUAGCCAUCGCCCUCCUCGCGUCCUCUGGACAGACACAGCUUCUCGAGACCCGCCCUGUGCCCUCCACACCUCCCCCAGAGGGCAGCAUGCCCUGCAACCCCCCCUCAACCCCCUGGUCUGUACUGCACCUUUCUCCCU